AGUAUAUUGCCACUUGCUUAUGCUAUUGUCGAUUCAGAGAAUGAUUCAUCUUGGAGGUGGUUUUUUGAGCAAUUCAGAGAUGCAUUUGGUCAAAGACCAGAGAUGUGUAUCGUUUCCGAUAGGCAUGCAAGCAUUAUUAAGGCAGUUUCAACAGUUUAUGAUGAAGUACCUCAUUUUGCAUGUAUGUGGCACUUACUGCAAAACAUAAUGAAAAAUUUCAGAAGAAGUCAACAAAGGGUCACUGAGUUGUUCUACUCUAUGGCAAAAACAUACACCAUGACAGAAUUUAAUCAAUGUAUGACAAUGGUUGAGAAGAUAGAUAAGAGGAUCAAAGAUUACUUGUUGAACAUUGGAUACAACAAAUGGUCGCGUGUGCAUGCUGAAGUAAACAGAACUUGGAUGAUGACAUCAAAUAUAGCAGAAUCAGUCAAUUCACGAACAAGACAUGCCAAAGUUCUUACAGUCUUGCAACUCUUGGAAUUCAUGAGACAACUUGUACAGAAAUGGAAUAACAAUAACAGAUCAAAGGCGACAUUUUCAGGUUUUCACCUUGGAAAAAAGUAUGAAAAUAUAUUGCGGCGCAAUAAAACUGCAUCAGAGAAAUUAAAGGUUGUAGAGACAAAUAAAUAUGUGUAUACCGUACUUGAUGGUAUUACACAAUUCACAGUAUGUCUUCACCAACGUACAUGCACAUGUGGGAGAUUUCAAUUGGAUGAGUUACCAUGUCCACAUGCUUUGGCCGUUUUAACAAUAAAACACACUGGUUAUGAGAAAUAUUGUUCGGCUUACUAUACAAGAAAAAAUUUAUUGUUGACAUAUCAAUUUCAAAUGGAUCCCCUGCCAAAUGAAAGUACAUGGAACACACCAACACAUGUUCUUGAAGAUAUUGUACUUCCACCUCAUGGAAAGAGACCUCCGGGAAGGCCAAAAAAUAAAAGACAUACUCAACUGAGAGAAGAUGGAUUCAAGAAGGCGAAAAUUACAUGCAGCAAUUGUGGACAACAUGAUCACAACAGGAAGACUUGCAAAAAUGUCAGGCCUUAUGAUCAAGAAUAAAAAAAUAAUUUGUUUAGUAGUUUGUUUUAGAAGCUCAUUGACUCUACGAAUUUGGAUCAUGUUCGGUUAUAUGGUUUAUAUUUUUAGUUCCGCAAUCUCGUGUUAUUCAGUUUAAUAGAAUGCUUUCUUAGUUGUGCAA